AGCUUACUAAAAUAUCAGGUUCAAGCAAUGGACAUAUCUGAUGAGGCAGUCAUUGUUGAUACUAGUAGAUUGAAAUCUGCUGUAUGGAAUGAUUUUGACAGGGUGAAAAAGGGGGACACUUGUGUGGCUAUUUGUAGGCAUUGUAAAAGGAAACUAUGUGGGUCAAGUACCAGUGGAACAUCACAUCUGAGAAAUCAUUUAAUGAGAUGUCGGAGAAGAUCAAACCAUGAUGUAGCUCAAUUGCUUAUUGCAAGAGGAAAGAAAAAGGAAGGAACCCUUGCCCUGGCUAAUGUGAGUUCUAAUCAAGAGCAUAGAAAGGCUGAAACACACAACCCCAUGAAUACUAAAUUUGAACAAGGGAAAACAAAAGAUGGCACUAACACUGGAAAUGUUUACUUUGAUCAUAAGCGAAGUCGAUUUGAUCUUGCUCGCAUGAUUAUCUUACAUGGCUAUCCUUUGGCUAUGGUUGAGCAUGUUGGCUUCAAAAUAUUCAUUAGAAAUCUUCAGCCCUUGUUUGAGCUUGUGACAGUUAAGAGAGUUGAGGAUGACUGUAAGGAAAUUUAUGAGAAAGAGAAACAGAAGGUGUGUGAGGUGUUGGAUAAAUUGCCUGGUAAAAUCAGCCUUAGUGCAGAUAUGUGGUUCGCUAAGGGCAAUGCUGAUUACUUGUUUUUGUCAGCACAUUACAUUGAUGAUGCUUGGCAGUUCAAGAAGAAGAUUCUGAAUGUUAUAUUUGUUGAUCCUUCUGAAACAGGAGACAUGCUUUCAGAAGUUAUCAUGAAGAGUCUAAUGGAUUGGGAUAUUGAUCGAAAAUUGUUUUCAGUGACAUUCGAUAGUUGUUCUACCUAUGACAACAUCAUCUGCAGAAUUAGAGACCGACUUUCCCAGCAGAGGUUUCUUUUGUGCAAGGGUCAACUAUUUGAUGUACGCUGUGCAGCAAAUGUUAUCAAGCUGAUGGUUCAAGAUGCCUUGGAAACACUAUAUGCAGUGACCCAUAAGGUUAGGGAAAGCAUUUGUUAUGUUAAAAGCUCAAAAGGAACACAAGAAAAGUUCAGUGAGAUGGAACAGCUAGCUGGAGUAAACUGUCAGAAGUGCUUAUGUUUGGAUAAUCCACUGCGCUGGAAGUCAACAUAUGCCAUGCUUGAAGUUGCUUUAGAGUAUAAGCUUGCAUUUUCUUUUCUGCAAGAACAUGACCCUGUCUACACAAUGUGCCCAUCGAAUUUAGAGUGGGACAGAGCUAGUGUCAUUACUAGCUUCUUAAAGCUCUUUUUUGAAGUUUCAAAUGUUUUUGCAGGAAGCAAGCAGUUAACUGCAAAUAUAUUUUUCCCUGAAAUUUGUGAUAUUCAUUUGCAGUUGAUUGAAUGGUGCCAGAUCUCAGAUGAUUACAUUAGUUCUUUAGCUUUAAAAAUGAAAAGCAAAUUUGAUGAAUACUGGAAGAAAUGCAGCUUGGCAUUGGCAAUUGCAGCCAUCUUAGAUCCUCGAUUCAAGAUGAAGUUGGUAGAGUAUUACUAUCCACUAAUUUAUGGCAACAGUGCUGCUGAAUGCAUUGAUAUUGUUUCUAAUUGUAUGAAGGCCCUUUAUAAUGAACAUGCUAUCUUCUCCCCGUUAGCUUCCCAUGGUCAAGGUUUGGCUUGUCAAGUAGGUGGUACUGCUGGGGUUGGUUCUGGUAAUGACUCUAGGGAUAGGUUGACAGGUUUUGAUAAAUUUCUCAAUGAAACUUCUCAGAGCCAGAAUGUAAAAUCAGACCUGGACAAGUAUUUGGAGGAACCUCUCUUUCCUCGGAAUGUUGAUUUCAGCAUAUUGAAUUGGUGGAAGGUUCACACUCCAAGGUAUCCAAUUUUAUCAAUGAUGGCACGCAACAUUUUGGGAAUUCCCCUGUCAAAAGAUGCAUCAGAGUCGGUGUUAGACAGCGACAAUAGAGUCCUUGAUCAUUAUCGAAGUUCACUGAAAUCGGACACUUUGCAAGCUUUGAUAUGUGCGCAAGAUUGGAUGCAGAAUGAAUUAGAAGAUUCCAAAUCUUCCUCGAGCCCUUCUACAUUGGCCUUGUGCUAUAACGCAACCUAGCAAGUUCUGGUUAUGGGUUUGUCUUUGUUCUAUUGGUGCCAUGUUUUCAGAGUUUAUGCAUAUUUUGUGUCAGGAUACUCGUUUUACUCAAUCCCAUUUCAAGAUUUUCUCUAUAGUUGUUCUUGUGAAUCUUACCAAUAUUUCUAGCGCUCUUAGACUUAGAAGAGAAACUUAUUUGGAUUUCCUGUACUUUUGUGGCAUUAUAGUUGGUUGCAAUCAUUUGUUUAAAA